CGAACUGCGAGCCGCGGCGGGACCGAGCGCACGCAGGGGCGCGCCGGUGGCCGGGCUGGACGGGCUGCGGAGGCGCCGGUCGCGAGCACGCGAGGUCAAGGGCCGGACGGCCGCCGGAGGGCACAGCGCUCCCGGUGCGGGGAGGGACCCGCCACCCGCGAUCCCCCACGCGGGGACAGCAAUGCGGUGCACCCAGAGGUCCCGGUAGCCUCGGAUCUGCGGCGGUGAUGGAUGAGCCGUGGUGGGAAGGGCGCGUCGCCUCGGACGUCCACUGCACCCUACGCGAAAAGGAACUGAAGCUGCCUACCUUCCGCGCCCACUCCCCGCUCCUGAAGAGCCGUCGGUUCUUUGUAGACAUUCUGACCCUGCUGAGCAGACACUGCCAUCUGUGCCCCUCAGCCCGGCACCUGGCCAUCUACCUGCUGGACCACUUCAUGGACCAAUACAACAUCACCACCUCCAAGCAGCUGUAUACUGUGGCCGUCUCCUGCCUCCUGCUGGCAAGUAAGUUUGAGGACAGGGAAGACCGUGUGCCCAAAUUGGAGCAGAUAAACAGUACGAGGAUCCUGAGCAGCCAAAACUUUUCCCUCACCAAGAAGGAGCUGCUGGCCACGGAACUUCUGCUCCUGGAGGCUUUCAGCUGGGACCUCUGCCUGCCCACACCUGCCCACUUUCUGGACUACUACCUCUUGGCCUCCAUCAGCCAGAAGGACCACCACUGCCACACCUGGCCCACCACCUGCCUCCGAAAGACCAAAGAGUGCCUGAAGGAGUAUGCCCACUACUUCCUGGAAGUCACCCUGCAAGAUCAUAUCUUUUACAAAUUCCAGCCUUCUGUGGUUGCUGCAGCCUGUGUUGGGGCCUCCAGGAUCUGCCUUCAGCUUUCUCCCUACUGGACCAGAGACUUGCAGCGGGUCUCGAGCUACUCCCUGGAGCAUCUCAGCACAUGUAUCGAAAUCCUGCUGGUAGCAUAUGACAAUGUCCUCAAGGAUGCAGUUACAGUCAAGAGCCAGGCACUGGCCAUGGUGCCUGGCACAUCACCGGCUCCCACCCAAGUGCUGUUCCAGCCGCCCGCCUACCCUGCGCUCAGCCAACCACCGCCAACACUAGCCCAGUUCCAGAGUCCAGCGCAGGACUUGUGCUUGGCUUAUCGGGACUCAUUACAGGCCCAUCGCUCAGGAACCCUGCUCUCAGGAGACACUGGCCCAUCCCUCCACACCCCAUACCCAACCCUCCAACCCUUGGAUAUGUGUCCUGUGCCCGUCCCUGCAUCCCUUAGCAUGCAGAUGGCCAUUGCAGCUGAACCCAGGCACUGUCUUACAGCCACCUAUGGAAGCAGCUACUUCAGCGGGAGCCAUAUGUUCCCCACAGGUUGUUUUGACAGCUAGGCCACAUUUGGACCACAUGGAGAAUCCUGGAAGACCCAGACCGAAGAAGUGAGCACCUAAGAGGGAGAGUUCAGCCAGGUGAGGGAAAGAACCUGGUACCCUUCAAUAGUGAGGGUCUGUGUGCUUUAAACAAACAAACAAACAAACAACCCAGAGCAAACAUCCAGGGACAUACCUCACCCAACAGCAUCUCUCUGGGAACCUCUUCCACGAGUGCCUGGAGGACAAAGACAUGACUCUGUGGCCAUUCACUCCCUUGAGCUGGGGGAUCCAAUGGAGCACAUCAGGCCUGAUGAGAGGCUUGGACAUUGAGGCCUGCAUAGAGAUCAGUAGCACAUCUGGACUUUUCAAAGACUACUUUUCACAGCUAUGCCAGUGAAAAAGAAGGGGCAGUUGGGUGGUGGAGGCGCACGCCUUUCAUCGAAGCGCUUGGGAGGCAGAGGCAGGCGGAUCUCUGUGAGUUCAAGGCCAGCCUGGUCUACAGAGCAAGUUCCAGGACAGCCAAGGUUACACAGGGAAACCCUGUCUGGAAAAAAACAAACAAACAAAAGCAAAGAAAGAAAGAAGUGGCACCUGGCAUGUCCUCUGUGUCUCUAGAAGAUCCUUCCUGAGUGUGUUUCUCGCCUUAGCUCCAUACCAAGGGCCCCAUUACCCCGUGUUUAUGCCUGAGCACUGGCCCCUGGAGGCACAGUGGCUAUCUUGCCCUUUCGUUUUUGAACCCAAAACCUUUUUUGUCUUUCUCAAGAUUUCACAUGCUGCUGCUGCUUCCCGGAACAAUCUAGCUUUCUAUCCCACAAAAAAACAAAACAAAACAAAAAACAACAACAACAAAAAAAACCCAUCUUGUUUACAUACUGUGUCAGGGA